UAUUUCUCACCUCACCUUUACCGUCUUCUUUCCCCGCUGAAUUCCCAUUCCCAUCCAACCCAUCACUCUAACCCCAAACCUCAACCCCUCAAACUCCACCAUGCCACCACAGUCCUCCGCAGAGCAACACCCUCCCCCAGAAACCCAACCAAAUACUCCCAACCCCAAAGCCCCAUCCCCAGCCCCAGAACCCAAAAGAAAACCAGAAGAAAAAGAAACAGAAGCGCAGAAACUAGCACGUCAUCAAGCACGCCAUGAAAGACGAACAGAAAGAGAAAGAGAAAGAGGAUUAAAUAAUCGCGUUGGUCACGAGACUGGAUCUGAAAUUGAGGAAUGGAGAAGACGGGGUAGAGCGAGAUUAGGGGAGGAUAAGUAUUGGAAGGAUGGGAAGGAAGAAAAACGAGGAAUUCUGCGAAUAAGUCGGCAGAGUAUUGGGAGAGGGAUUAUGGCGUUGGGACAGAGGGUUGCUGGGGAUGGAAAUGGAAGUGGAGGUGGAGGUGGAAGUGGAAGUGGAAGUGGGAGAGGAGUUGUGGGGAAAGGUAUUUUGUAUUCUAAAGGUGAUGAGAAGGGCAUUGAGAAAGGAGGUAGAAAUGAUGGUUACGUCGGGGACGAGCCACGUAGAAGGAGAAGAAGAAGACGCAGUACCGUGGGGGAGAGAACAGAUGGUAAAGAACGAGAUAGAGUCUCUGGGGAGAAACUAGCUCGAUAUGAUUAUCAGGAAUCCGAUAUACGAGUGUCCAAGCCUCGGAAUAAUCAUAAGGAGAAAGAAACUCGAGACUCUACACCUCCUUUAGACAAAACUCCGGCAAAAUCAGUACCCUCACCUUCACCCUCUCCAGCAGUAAGAGAGCCAGAAUCCACAAAUCCAAAGCGCCUCGCGAAAGAAGUAGAAAAACCACGCCUACUCGAAGCCAAAAAUCUGCACAUAGCCAAACGAGCUCGGGAAGAACGCGAAAAAGCACAACAAGAGACAAAUAAAAAAGCUCUGCGAGUCCAAGCCCUCGAAGCUUCGAGAGUGAAAAAAGGAAAUGAGGAAAAUGAUCGUGCUGCAAAAGAGAAACUAGCAUUACAAAAAGAAAAAGAACAGAAAGAUAAUCACCAUCAAAAAUCUACUCCUAAAGCCAAAGAAGAAUAUCCAGCCCAUCUCAAAAAACUUGAACUACAAACCCAGCACCAAGCUAUCGCUCAUCGCAUCGAGAGACAGAAAGAAGAAGCAUAUAAGGCCCGUCUAGCACAGCAAAAAGCAGCACUUCUUCAAGUCGAAACUAUUCGUCUUGAAAAAAUUAGACGGGAAAAAGAACAAGAACAAGAACAAGAAAGAGAAAGGGAAAGGGAAAAAGAAAUUUCUCAAAAGAAAGAAGAAGAACGAUUAGCGCAGGAAAAACAACGACGGAUCGAAGCGCAAAGACAUUUGGAGAAUCAGCGUAGAGCUCUUGAAUUGGAGAAGGUUAGACGAGAAUUAGAGAGAGAAAAGGAGAAAGAACAAGCACGUCAGAAAGCAGAAACUGAACGUCUGGCUCUCGAAAAACAACGCGCUAAAGCCCAAGUAAUCAAGGCCGAAGCAGAAAAAGCAGCCCGUCUCAAAGCUGAGGAAGACAUAAAGCAGCAGGAGCGCCUUCAUAAACAAGCCGAAGCCGAAGCGGCAAAGUUAUACCCUGCUCGAAUCCGCACUAAUGUACCUGCUAAUCAUACAUCUGCAGCUAUAAAAGCCGCAGCUUUACUCGCUCAACAGCAAGCUCAAGUACAAAACCAGAACCAGACCCAAAAACAAAUACAAGUACAAGUACAAAAACCAGACGCACAUCCCUCCAACAACAAAAAAGCCGCUCCCCUCUCUCCCCUCCUACCACCACAACCACAAAAUAAAGCCGCACCAGCAAAACUAACCCGCAAAAACCUCAUUCUCUAUCUAUCUCCCCAACUUCCUCCUCAAUCUCAAUCCCAACCUCAAUCUCAACCAAAAAAACACAUAGGAGACAUGGAACGAACGAUUCUCGAAGGAUACGUACCUAUGAACUUGGAAGAGAUACGCGCGAGGGAGAUUGAGAGGGGUGAGAGGAGGGAAAAGAAAUGUAUAGGGAAUAUGGAGCGGACGAUUUUGGAGGGGUAUGUACCGAUGAGUGAGGAGGAGAUGAGGAUGGGGAAUAAGAGGGGGGGAUAUUGACGGGGUUGGUUAGGGUUGAGGGAGAGGAGUAUGUUGUUGUUUUUCGCCUUUUUGUUUUUGGUUUUGCCUG